AUGGUCUUGCCUCACGAACCAGAGUUCCAACAAGCUUACGAUGAAUUAGUCUCCGCUGUGCAAGACUCCACGUUGUUCACGGAACAGCCAAAGUACAAAAAAGUCAUUCCGGUAGUCUCGGUUCCAGAGAGAAUCAUCCAGUUUAGAGUCACUUGGGAAAACGACAAGGGCGAGAUCCAGGUCAACAACGGGUACAGAGUCCAGUUCAACUCGGCCUUGGGUCCUUACAAGGGUGGGUUGAGGUUCCACCCCACCGUGAACUUGUCGAUUUUGAAGUUUCUUGGAUUUGAGCAGAUUUUCAAAAACGCCUUGACUGGGUUGAGCAUGGGUGGUGGUAAAGGUGGUUCCGAUUUCAACCCCAAGGACAAGACCGACGCCGAAAUUAGACGGUUUUGCGUUUCAUUUAUGAGACAAUUGGCCAGAUACAUUGGUCCCGACACCGAUGUCCCUGCUGGUGACAUUGGUGUUGGCGGAAGAGAAGUUGGCUUUUUGUUUGGUGCCUACAAGCAAAUGCAAAACAACUGGGCCGGUGUCUUGACCGGUAAAGGUUUGAGCUGGGGUGGUUCUUUGAUUAGGCCAGAAGCCACCGGUUACGGCUGUGUUUACUACACCGCCAAGAUGAUUGACAGAGCCACCAAGGGCAAAGAGUCCUUUGAAAAUAAAAGGGUUGCCAUUAGUGGUUCCGGGAACGUUGCCCAGUAUGCUGCUUUGAAAGUUAUCGAAUUGGGCGGUGUUGUUGUUUCCUUGUCCGACUCGAAAGGCUCGAUCAUUUCCAAGAAUGGUAUCACCACCGAGCAGGUCAAUGCCAUUGCUGCUGCCAAGUUGAAGUUCAAGUCCUUGCAAGAGAUUGUCAAGGAGGAGACCAAGGCUUUUGGCGGCGAAAACACGGUGGAGUACAUUCCCGGCGUGAGACCAUGGACCAAAGUCGGCCAAGUGGACGUUGCCUUGCCUUCAGCCACCCAAAACGAAGUGAGUGGAGACGAAGCCAAGGCCUUGGUUGAAGCUGGCUGCAAAUACAUUGCCGAAGGUUCCAACAUGGGCUCCACCAAGGAGGCCAUUGAGGUGUUUGAAGCCAACAGGUCCAACGGUGUCUGGUAUGCGCCCGGUAAGGCUGCAAACUGCGGCGGUGUUGCCGUCUCUGGUUUGGAAAUGGCCCAAAACUCGCAAAGAGUCAGAUGGACCUCGGAGGAAGUUGACGAGAGAUUGAAGGAGAUUAUGGAAACUUGUUUUGAAAACUGUUACGAUACUGCUCAAAAAUACUCCACCGAAAAGGGCACCGACGCCUUGCCAUCGUUAUUGAAGGGCGCCAACAUUGCUGGUUUCAUCAAAGUUGCCGAUGCCAUGUUUGACCAAGGUGAAGUCUUCUAA